AUGGAGGUAGAAAAUGAAGCCAGCUGCUCCCCGGCUAGUGCUUCAAGCGGGUCCAGAGAGUACAAGGUGGUAAUGCUGGGAGCAGGAGGAGUUGGUAAAAGCGCAAUGACAAUGCAGUUUAUUAGCCAUCACUUCCCAGAUUACCAUGAUCCCACAAUAGAAGAUGCUUAUAAGACACAGGUUAGGAUUGACAACGAACCAGCCUAUUUGGAUAUCUUGGACACUGCUGGACAGGCGGAAUUUACAGCCAUGCGUGAACAGUACAUGCGAGGUGGGGAGGGUUUCAUUAUCUGCUACUCUGUCACUGACCGCCAGUCUUUCCAAGAAGCUGCCAAAUUCAAAGAGCUCAUCUUUCAGGUCCGCCACACCUAUGAGAUUCCUUUGGUGCUGGUGGGUAAUAAAAUUGACCUGGACCAGUUUCGUCAGGUGUCUACAGAAGAAGGCUUGAGUCUUGCUCGAGAAUAUAACUGUGCUUUUUUUGAGACCUCUGCUGCCCUCAGAUUCUGUAUUGAUGAUGCCUUUCAUGGCCUUGUGAGGGAGAUUCGCAAGAAGGAGUCCACACCAUCCUUGAUGGAAAGGAAAUUGAAGAGAAAGGAUAGCCUGUGGAAGAAGCUAAAAGGCUCAUUGAAGAAAAAGAGAGAAAACAUGACAUGA